UUAAACGGUCGCCAUCGUUGUUAAUUUUUGUCGAAAAAACUUUUUAAAUAUUAAUCUAUAGUGUGUUUUUCAACUUGAACAGCUUCUUCGUAGUUAUACAUUAGUGUAGAAGGAAUAAAUUAACUUUCUUUUUGUGGCUGGAGGCAAACUACAAGUAAAAUCGUUUGAAUUUGCUGCAUGUGUCAACGUUGAACAAAAGACCGUUGAAAGAGAAGAUAAAAAUGGAUUCGAGAGCGUCCGACGUUUUGAAGACUCAACGCUACCUAGCGGCCCAAACCCUUCAAAAGGCGGAUCGCUUGCAAGAGAACAGUCCCUUGAGGCGCCGGAAAUCGCCUAACGCGCUCAGCGCUGCAGCACACAACUAUCGACAGCAACAACCGGUCACACCGCCUACGCAGGACCGUUCCGCAGAUUCCUGUUACGAUUCUCGGUGCGACAAUGAAUCCUCGCUGCUGCGACCUCGCCGCUAUCAGCCCAUCAACAUAACGGAACUGGAGGAUGAACACACGAUUCAUAUGCAGGCGACUCCCCAAAAGGUAUCAUUCGAGCCAACGGAAAUGACCGCACGGUCAACGAUGGAUCAAGCCACACGGCGCAAGCUUUCUAUCGACAAUGUUGCUCCCGAAAUUCGGGAGCUGCUUCAUCAAAGUUUCGCUGAUGAGGUUCGAGAGCUGUCCCGUAAAUUUGGACCAAGCGAAGAACUUGCUCAGGGUAAUGAUUCAGCCUUCCUGCCGGCUGCUGACAUCAGCCUACCUCGAACAGCCGAUAUGAGCAAACUGUCUUCGGUUCGGGAAUCGCUCAGUUCCAUUCCACAGAAGGAAAAUCGCCGCACAUCGAAUCAACCCCAAGAUUUCUGGGACAUGGCACCGCCUGCUUUCGACAAUGAUAGUUGGAUGCAAAAGGAGAUGUCCCAGCUGGAAGAGGAAUUUAGCUUCCGCGCGGCUGAGGAAGAACAAUCGCGGCUGUUCGCGGAUGAGAUGGCUUGGGAGCAGGAAAACGCCGUCAUUCCGGUUAUGAAUGUAGCUCAGCAAGCGAAGAAUGCUUCAUCGAAUGCUGUUGUACGUCCGAAGGCUCCACGUUUGCCUUCGAAUCUGAGGAAGCGGGUUGAACUGUCCUGCUUCUCCGGGUAUUUGGUUGAGGAAGAUGUGGAACCGAUGCAAGCCACCCGCAUCGAGGACAGCAGCUAUUGCUCCGUGGGAGAAUAUUUUAACAAAAUGUCGGACGAUUUGAAAGGGAUGAUCUCGGGUUCGAGUCCCCCCAGGAGAACUCCGCUGCCGUUGGUUGAUUUGAGCAAUAUUGAUGAAUCUGUAAGGAACAGUCCUGCGAAUGGUCAAAAGCCGGUGAACAAGAAGAAAACCGACAGCGAUAAAGAAAAUUCUCUCAGCGUAUCCAGCUUGAUGAAAGCUUUGGGUAUGUAUUAA